AUGGUUAGAAUCAAUGGACAUUGUUAUAUGUUUGGGUUGGACAAAAAAAGUUGGUUUGAAAGCAAAGUUGCAUGCAACACAAAAAACGCUUAUCUUGCUAAAGUGGAAACACCCAGGGAAAAUGACUGGAUUAUCCAACAACUCCAUGCUUUAAGUAAAGAAUUUUCUUCAAUUAUUUCAUUUUUUCAACACAAUUCAUUCUAUACAAAAUAUAAAUUACCAUGGAUUUUUUGGAUCGGUGGGAACACUUUGAGAAAAGUAGGUGAUUGGAAAUGGGAAUCGACCGGUGAAAACAUUGGAUACACAUUCUUUCAUCCAACAGAGCCCAAUAGCCCUACAGUAGAAAGAUGUCUGUGUUAUUUUCCCGAUGAUAGCAAUGCUUUUUAUUGGGGAGAUUUUACAUGUAGCUCAAAACAGGGUUACGUUUGCGAAAAAGAUAACUGA